AUGAGACAAUCAAGUUUACUAAAUUUUUUUGGUAAGAAACCAGAAGUUUCAUCAGUUACGUCCUUGCAUAAAUCGCCAAAUAAAGUUCUUGGACUUAUAGAAUCAAAGCACUCUAGUUGUGACGAAAGCUUCAUUAUUCCUGGAACACCCGAUCCUACUAACAGAACGUUAGGAGUUUCGUUAAGUGGUAGAGCAGCUUUAGGAACUGUACACAUUGACAAGGUUUCAUCUCCAAAGUUAUGCAAACGGAAAGUUGUUGCUCGUCGUUCAUCGCUUGCAGUUCGUCGUGAUGAGAUUCUUCGACCAAAGCUGCAUGAUUUACUUUCUAAUGAUCCCAUCUAUGAAAAUGAGAAUCAAAAAGUGUGUUCUAACAGACAAGCACAAAUUUCCGCUAAGCUCCGUCGAGGAAACUAUGACCUUUUAAAUUAUGCUCCUCAGGAUCAAAUUGUAAAACCAACAUCAAAGGAGAGUGAAUUUAAUGAUGUAAUAUCGCAUCGUUCUGCGAUUACUAAUUCGCCAAAUUAUCGAAAGCCAAACAAAUGCAGCGUUUCUAAUCCUGAAGGUGCAAAUGCAUCAGAAAGGGAUACAAAUUCGAAACAUUCUUUUACUAGAGAAGUCCACCUAAAUGCUGAAGAAUUGUCCGCAUUAGAUGACAUUUUAGACCAACUUGUCAGAAAAGAUAACCUACCCAGUCAUAAGCAUACUGAGCAAGAAGCUGUCACUCUAGAUUCAUUACCAAUAUAUUGUCAUAAUGAACACAAUAGACAAUCCUCUGUACAUGAUGAGACAUUUCAGUUGCUGAAUUUAAGUGACUGGUCACCUGUUAAGGAAGAGUUAACUAUGUUAAAACAACAGCGUACUGUUGACGAUCAGUUAUUUCGAAUUCCGGACCAAUCAUUUUUACGUGGGACUGUUGUGCAAAUAAAUAACAAAUGUGACCAAAGUGAACUAGUUGUUCAGCUAGAUGAUGUCAAUAAUACAAGUGAUAAUGGAACCAAAAUAAAUGUCAUACUACGUGAUUCUUGGUUCGAUAUGCCUAUUCGAGUAAAAGACACUAUAAACAUCAUUCCAAAUGUAUAUGGCGAUAUAAAAAAUACUGUAUAUAAUAAUUCUACUCUAAUUAUAUCAGAUGAUAAUAGUAAUAGGACUCAUAAUGAUUGUACGGCUGUAUGUUUAAAUCCAGAUUAUUUAUUACCAACUACAAAAGUUGUUAGUAGUUUAAAUUGUUUAAGACGCGUAGUAUUGGAACAGUUUUGGGUUGCUGAUGGUGGUUAUCGUGAAGAUAAUGAAAUUACUGUUAUCGAUUCAAAUCAAAUAUAUAAUUCUCAAUGUGAUGUAAUGCUGACGGGUAGUUUAGUGCACGAACUUUUUCAAAAGAUAGUUUCUAGACAUAAUAUUCAAAGAGAUGAUGUUUUACAAAUUGUUUCGGGACUCAUCUAUCGUCCUUCAGUAGUUCUACAAAUGUACGCUUCUGGUAUUCACCCAAAAAGUUUGUUUACGAAAUUAGAAGAGUUUAUUCCGAAAAUUUUUGACUGGACCCAAACACACUGUAUUCAACACUUACCUACCCGUAAUAGCAUUACUACAGUUAACCAAGUGAAGGUAGAAGAUGUUAUUGCUAUUGAAGAAAAUAUUUGGUCAAAUCGUUUGGGUUUAAAAGGAAAAAUCGACUCAACAUUACUUUGUGAAAUUCCUUUAAAUGGUGAAUUAAAACCUACGUUGAACUUAAUUCCUAUGGAAUUAAAAACUGGUAAUCCAUCUUAUUCAAUUGAACAUAAAGGUCAAGUCUACUUAUACUUAAUGUUGGCUAGAGAAUUUUACGGUGCUCAUUACAGUACCUCUAAAUAUGCUAGAGUUCCAGUUGCAAAUGCUGGCUGGCUUGUCUACCUAAAGGAGCCAAUAAAACAGAAUUUUCAAAAACAUAUUUCCUUCACAAACCCGGGCAUUAUUUAUCCAGAUAUUAACAGUUUUCGGGGUCUUAUACAAACGAGAAAUAGGCUGGUUUCAGGAAUUAUCGAUCUACUAAGGUCAGCUGAUACUUCUCAUGAACAGUUGUGUGUUAACGAUCAGAAAAUUAAGUUACCUGAUUGUAUAAAUCAGUUACGUGUUUGUCAGACUUGCGGUUUACAACUUACCUGCAGCUUAUUCACAGAGAAUCCUGCGAAACCAUAUUCGGGUGCGUAUGAUUCAUUUUCCAGUGUUUACAAAAUUCUCAUAAACCGUCGGUCUCACCUUCAACAACAAUAUAUUGAUUUUUUUAUCAAGUGGUCUAAACUCUUGUUAACAGAAUACUUGGGUAAUGAACGCUUCGAACAUGUAAUUGGAAAUAUAUACAAAACAUCUUUAAAAUUUGACAAACCCAUCACUAAUGGCACUAUUCGCGGUUUACGUUUAGUGAAGACGAAAAUUUCACAAAGUUCAUUAUCUGGUGAAUAUGAAGUUCAGAGUUGGUUUAUUCUACACAAAUCCAUUGAUCAACCAUAUGAAUCCUUAUUAUCCCUUUCAAGUUUGAAUAUUGGUGAUUUUGUUAUUGUCAGCAGUGAUGAUUCUCGUUUUCUUGGUAUUGAAUUAGCAACUGUAGCUUCAGUUGAAGGAUUUCAUGAAGUUGAUUUUACUAGUUACGGAUUCGUUUCACCACUGUCUGACUGUAAGAAAUAUGUAUUAUCUUUGAUUUCAACCAGGUCAUUUCCUGAUCGAAUUCAAUUGUUUCGUGUUGAUCGUUAUGUGUCAAUGAAAGCAAUUCAGUUGAAUUUAUCCAACUUGGUGGGUUUAAUGAGGAAUUCAAAAUUAUGUCAUUUACUACGGGAGCUUAUUAUUGAUGGUCGUAUACCGGAUAUGUCACAAACAAUAUCUAAAAAGAUUGUCAAAGAAAUACGCCCUAUUCUGAAACCACUGAAUGUAAAUCAACGUACGGCUAUACUGCAAACACUUUUUUCACAAAAUUAUAUUCUUAUCAAAGGAUAUCCUGGAUCAGGUAAGACAGAAACUUUGGUAGCAUUAUUACGUGUCCUUAUUCUGUUAAAGAAAAGAAUUCUUGUCACAGCACAUACUCAUUCCGCUGUUGAUAAUUUACUUUUAAGAUUAUGUCAAACUGGUGAAACUCGUGUUUUAAGACUUGGACAAAUGGAUCGAAUACUUCCUGAUUUGUUAAAUUAUUCCUUUGAAUACAGAUUAAAUACAUUUCUAAAAUCUGAUGAUAAACCUAAGAAUGAUGUUAUUGACUACAUAACUAAUGUUAUGGCAAACACUGUCGUUGUUGGAUGUACAGCUUUAAGUGCAAGUGGAGGGAAUGACCUGCGACAUUCAGCUUUGACAUAUCAAAAAUUCGAUGUUGUCCUAAUUGAUGAGGCUAGUCAAUUAAUGUUUCCUACUACUUUGGGGCCAUUACUGUGUCUUGUUGAAGAGCAACAGUCUCUUGACUCUAUAAAAUGUUGUCGUUUUGUACUGGUUGGGGAUCCUUAUCAGUUACCUCCUUUAGUUCGUAGCCAAAAAGCUAGGCUUGGUGGACUGGAUCAAAGUCUCUUUUCAUUGUUGUUAAGCCAUUAUGACAGUGAUAAUAGUCCAUUAGCAACAUAUUCAUCAAUGGACCUUUCAAAAAAGGGAUAUGUAACUGAAUUAACAAUUCAAUAUCGUAUGAAUUCUAAGAUUAUGGCAUUAUCAAAUCAGUUAACUUAUAAAAACAAAAUGUCUUGUGCCAGUUCAUGCGUAUCACAAGCUACACUAAAGUUAAAUCCUAAUAUCGUCUCAGAUGAAAUAUCGGACAAGUUGCCAUUAUGGAUAAAACGUGUAAAUAGUCCACUUCUUUCGGAUUCUGUAUUACUUUUAGAUACAAAAAUUCUUGAUUGUUGCAGCCUUUCUGCAAAUGAAUCUCGUACAUCAAAUUCUAAUCCGAUUGAAGCUCAAUUAAUUCUCUAUAUAAUAAAACAAAUCCAUCAUACAUUUCUUCUUAGAAUGGAUGACAUAGGCGUUAUCACACCACACAGGGCACAGGUUUAUUUAUUAAAAAAUAUGAUGAAAGAGAAUUCAUUUGGAUCAAUUGAAGUGAAUACAGUUGAUCAAUUUCAAGGUCGUGACAAAAGACUGAUUUUACUCUCGCUAACUAAUUGUCCAUCUUCAUUUUUAAGAACGAAUGCAAAUGAGUGUAUUGAAUCAAAUCGAAAUCACUUACUCGAUGAUCUACCUCGCCUGACUGUUGCUUUAACUCGUGCUCAGCAUAAACUGAUCAUUAUCGGUUGUACCGGUCAGCAUAAUAUACCAGAAAACAAUUCAAAUCAGAUAACAAACCUUGAAAAUUUAUUUUCUUUUAUUAAAGUUGUGAUUGGUGGUUAUGAGAUUUUACCUUCAAAUACUGUUACAUGGAUCAAUACCAGUGAAUAAUGUAAAGAUUUCGCGCAUAGCUUUUUAAAAAUGUCUUGUUUUAAAUGUGCUCAUAUGUGUAUAC